AUGUCACAUCAAACACAAAACAUGUUCAUGGGUAGAUUUUCUUCGAGCCCGCAUUCUACUCGCAACUAUUGCAAUUCAAGAUACUCGCGAAAAAUUAGGCAUAUGAGUACUCAGAAGCAUCGCGAUAAUCUUCGAAAUUAUGUUGAACGGAAUGGAAGUUCAACUCUCAGUAAUCAAAAUACUGAUCAUGGUAUUGUGCCUAAUACUAGCGCUACCCAAAGUGGUGCUUUUAUAAGCGCUGAGGGCGAUAUAGAUGAUUUCGAUGCUGGAGAUGAUAAUCCUCCUGUUGUCAAUGCAGCGCCUAUGGAAGUGGACGACCACGGUGUUGGUAAUGAAGAUGGUGAUACCUUGAUGCGUCCUGGUAUAGAGAGCGAUGUUGUUGGUAGCCAACACAUGGAAGGAUUUGAGGCUGAAGAUGAAGAGGAAGACGAAGAAGUCGAUGGGGGUGAUGAUGAAAGUGGAAGUGAAACCGCAGAAGGACUUCACGGAUUCACGAAUCUCCUUACGGGUCUCACCACAGAGUACAGUGGAACAUUCACCGGAUCUUCAACUGUUCCUUUGACUGAUGAAGACAGAGUCGAUGAAUAUGGGGGUGUAAGCAUGGAGUCUACAUGGAGAAUUGAGGAUGAAGUGCCAGACUCUAGCAAUCCUUACUUUCCUUUCAAUAACAAGCUUGAGUUUCUGCUGAGAGCCUUUUUUGACGGCAGUGAUAACUUGCAAUCACGCCAGGAUAGACAAAAGGUUCUUGAUCUUGUGGCAGCCGCUGUUGAAAUUGGUCGCGAUGACCAUGAAAGAAAGGAAGUUAGGGUGCCUUCACUGCAUUGGGCAAUGCGUUACGAGGAAAACAAGCGUAACGAAAUUCCCACUUUCAAACCAGAAUUGGUUGAAAGAGUCGUGAAGCGCGCAGCCGUCCACUACUUUGAAGAUCAUCAAUGCUAA